AUGUCGCCCCUGUUCAUAGCCGCAGCGUCCUCUCUGUCCGCGUUUCAAAGAUUUUAUUCUAUUACUUCGUCCCAUUCGCUUCUUCUCCCCGAUCCCCUUCCGUCCCACACACGCACUCCCCUCCAUCGCUCACGCAUCCUCGCUCCAACGAGCACGCUCCCUCCCCUCCCGUCUCCUUUGCGCAAUCCCCAUUGUCGCGCACGCUCGCUUCCCAGGGUUGCGGAUUACAAAUUCCUUCCGUCGCCCACGCGCACUCCGUGCCCGCCGCGCGCACUCCCUUCCGCCGCCCCCGCCCAAGACCUUCCCGUCGCCCACGCUCACUCGCUUCCCAUCGCCUUCGCGCAAUCGUUCCGUCGCCCACUCUCACUCACUUCCGUCGCCUGCGCUCACUCCCGUCGCCCGCGCUCACUCCCUUCCCGUCGCCCACGCUCACACCCUUCCCAUCGCCUUCGCGCAAUCCUUCGGUCGCACACGCUCACCCCCGCUCGUCGCACACGGCCAAUUCCCUUCGUCCCACGCUCACUCCUCCCCGUCGCGCACGCUCUCUCCCCAUCCGUCGCCCACGCUCACUGCCCGUACGUCGCACGCUCUCACUCCCUUUUGUCGCCCACGCUCACCCCCCUCCCGUCGCCUUCGCUCACUCUCUCCCGUCCCCUUUCUCCCUUCUCAUCUCCACCCUUUCUCCCUUCUCAUCUCCACCCUUUCUCCCUUCUCAUCUCCACCCUUUCUCCCUUCUCAUCUCCACCCUUUCUCCCUUCUCAUCUCCACCCUUUCUCCCUUCUCAUCUCCACCCUUUCUCCCUUCUCAUCUCCACCCUUUCUCCCUUCUCAUCUCCACCCUUUCUCCCUUCUCAUCUCCACCCUUUCUCCCUUCUCAUCUCCACCCUUUCUCCCUUCUCAUCUCCACCCUUUCUCCCUUCAGGCUGGAGUUAGAGGAUGGGGUGGACGCGAGGUGGAGGAGUGGGGGCGAGUCGUCGUGCUGAGUCGGGGGCGCCGCGACACCGUGGGAGGCACCAUUUCUGCCCCACCCCUUUCCGCCCCAACCCCUUUCCGCCCCACCCCUUUCCGCCCCACCCCAUUCCGCCCCACCCCAUUCCGCCCCACCCCAUUCCGCCCCAACCCAGUCUGCCCCACCCCAUCUCCUCCCCACCCCUUUCCGCCUCACUCCAUUCCGUCUCAACAAGAUCCCCCUGGACAACCGGAAGCACGUGCUACAGCUGCUGCUGUGCUCGUGCUACAGCUACGCGAGAUGCGGUGCUCUGCGCUGCUCUGGGGCUCUGCGGUGCUGUGCUGUGCUCUGCUUGACGCACACCCAUCCUCUCCUCUCCCCAUCCUCUCCUCUCCCCAUCCUCUCCUCUCCCCAUCCUCUCCUCUCCCCAUCCUCUCCUCUCCCAUCCUCUCCUCUCCCCAUCCUCUCCUCACCCCAUCGUCUCCUCUCCCCAUCCUCUCCUCUCCCAUCCUCUCCUCUCCCCAUCCUCUCCUCUCCCCAUCCUCUCCUCUUCCAUCCUCUCCUCUCCCCAUCCUCUCCUCUCCCAUCCUCUCCUCUCCCAUCCUCUCCUCUCCCCAUCCUCUCCUCUCCCAUCCCAGGCGAGCAUGA